CCUUCUUCCUUACUAUACUAGCUAGCUACUCUUUAAUUUAAUUUAAUUUCCGGCCAUGUCGUCUUCAAGCUUCAACUCUAGCAACGACGAUAGUCUCACCUUUGAUGGGUUCCUCGACAACAUUCUUGUCGACUUCCCACCUCAAAGUCCAAUCUUAUUUCCCCCCGGUUCCGAUAACUCCAAUAUCCUGAAAACUAACACUUCAAAUUCUAGCUCCGAUAGUGAAACCAAUACAUGGGAAGCUAUCAUAAAAGAUGAACGUAAGAGGAAACGAAAGAUAUCUAACCGUGAGUCGGCUAGGAGGUCACGAUUGAGAAAACAAAAGCAUUUGGAGAACCUAACAAACCAGGUUACCCGAUAUAAGUCGGGUAACCAGGAACUUAUCAACCGGCUACGAUUUGUCAAUCAGAACUGGCAAAUCGUCCGGCAUGAAAAUGAAAGAAUGCGAGUAGAGUCAGUAAUGCUCCAGCAAAAACUAUACAAUUUACAUCAAUUACUAGUCGUGCCUGAUUUCCAUCAAGUCCCAAUUCUACAGUCUGCAUGGCCAUGCAAUAAUAACGUUACCACUAUCAUUGAGCAAAACCUACCAUCACUAAUCACAUUCGAAUCUUAAUAUUCACCCAAAAAAAUGAUCAGUAACGUGCAUCACUCCCUCUAUAUAUAUGGAGUAUAGAUUACGUACUCGUAUUAUAUAUAUAUGUAUAUCGAGGCUGGAUCAGCUUAGUAAUUAAGUAA